UUGUGGCACGCUCCUUCCUCCCCUCCCUUCCUUGCUAGCGACUCGACUUAGCUAGCUAUCGAGACAAGCUCUUUAAACCUUACAGUGUAAUUAUUAUGAAUUGAUUGAUCGGUGUAGUACAUUUGAUUUGAGUUUCUACAGUCCGGAUAACAAGCCAACUACCAAAAUGAACAUACGAAACGCCAGACCCGAGGACCUUAUGAACAUGCAGCACUGUAACCUGCUGUGUCUGCCAGAAAACUAUCAGAUGAAAUAUUAUUUCUACCACGGAUUGUCCUGGCCUCAGCUCUCAUACAUUGCAGAGGACGAAAAUGGCAAAAUUGUGGGAUAUGUGCUGGCAAAGAUGGAGGAGGACCCAGAUGAUGUACCCCAUGGACACAUCACAUCCCUGGCAGUGAAGCGCUCCCACAGACGUCUGGGCCUGGCUCAGAAGCUGAUGGACCAGGCCAGCCGGGCCAUGAUAGAAAACUUCAAUGCUAAAUAUGUUUCGCUUCAUGUUCGCAAGAGCAACCGAGCAGCCCUGCACCUGUACUCAAACACACUCAAAUUCCAGAUUAGUGAAGUAGAGCCUAAAUACUACGCAGAUGGGGAAGAUGCCUAUGCCAUGAAGAGAGACCUGGCUCACAUGGCUGAUGAGCUAAGAAAGCCUGGGGUGCGCGUGUCGGGUCAGGAGGCACCGUCGGGCCAGAGCCCGUCCGGGUCUGGUGACCAGGAGAGAGAAAGCGAGAGAGACAGUGGAGGAGAGAGCAAAGAGCUGAGUGAAGUCAGCGAGGCAACGGAAAGCACAGACGUUAAAGAUUCUUCUUCUGAUUCACAAUGACAUUGUAAUCCUAGACAUUUUUAAAUUCAUCCCCCACUUCCACUUUUUAUCUCUAUUGACAAUAUCUCUGACUUCACAAACUGUGACUAUCUGUACAUCAAAGCCGUUCCAACAUUUCCGUCACUGGUUUUUCUUGAAUCUUGCUUUUCACCGCAGUGAUGAACAAAAAGUCUUGGAUAACGACAUGAAUCAGGAAAACUGUUUUAAUUGGAUUGCUUUUGUCAUUACUAAAAGUGACACAAAGUUCUGUGAGAUAUACAGAAUUGAAAAGUUGUUUCAAAUUGGUCUCUUCAUUAUUUAACAGAAUUACUGCAAAUAAAUCUUUCAAAUAAUA